AUGAAUUGGUAUGGAAAGUUGAAUAUCCUUUCUAACAUAACACGAGGAUUAGAGUGGAUGCAUGAAUCAGGUUUCAUACAUUAUAACCUUCAUGUGGGAAAUAUAUUAAGGACGGGAACAGGAAAAACCAUUAUUACUGAUGUUGGUAUUAAAAAACCAACGAUUCAAUUUACUUCGUUAUUAAGGGAUAAAGAAGAAAUUUAUGGGGUAUUGCCUUAUUUAGCACCCGAAGUAUUGCACUCCAAAAGAUUUUCCAAAGCAAGUGAUAUUUAUGCUUUUGGUAUAAUGAUGAAUGAGAUUAUAUCGGGAUUCCCGCCUUUUAAUAAUGUUGCUCAUGAUAGUGAGUUGGCCGCUGAAAUAUGUCGAGGGACAAGACCAGAAAUUCCGGAGCAUACUCCGAGUUUAUUGACAGAAUUAAUUAAAAGGUGUUGGGAAAAGAAGCCUAUUGACAGACCUUCUGCUAAAGAAUUAAAUGAAUUAUUAACUCAAUGGUGGAAUGAUUUACAAAACGAUAAAUUAUCGGAAAUUAAUGUUCAGUGUUGUGAUGAGAUUUCUAGAAAUUCUUCUACUUUCACUCCUACUCCUCUUCUUUAUUUUAGUCAUCCUGAAGCUGUUUAUCAUAGUAGAUUAUUGGAAUUUGAUGAAGUUCCUAGAUCCAUUAAUACUAACAGAAGGUCCAAGUUGCUAAAUUCUUUUACUUAUUCAGAGUCUCGUCGUCCAUUCAAUUAUUUAUUAAAUUGGUUACAUUCUCUUAAAAAGCUUAAAAAACAAUCUUAG